GCUUCUUCUUCAACACAUGGUGAAGCCACAGCCGGAAUCCCCCACGCGCGGCGAACCGAGCGGUGGUCCUUCCAAGUACAAGGGUGUUCGGAAGCGGAAAUGGGGGAAAUGGGUGUCCGAAAUCCGACUCCCCAACAGCCGCGAGCGGAUUUGGUUAGGCUCUUACGACUCACCGGAGAAAGCCGCUCGUGCGUUCGACGCAGCGCAGUAUUGCUUGCGCGGCAGCGACGUUAAGUUUAACUUCCCCGACAAUCCUCCGGAUAUAGCGGGAGCACGAUCGCUUAGCCCACUUGAAAUCCAAGCCUUCGCGUCUAGGUUUGCCAACGAGUCCUCCACUAGCAAUACCAGUUCCAAUAACUACAAUGUCGGUAUGACAACACAACAGUACACGUAUUCUCCGUCAAUUUCGGUGUCGGUUUCCGAUCAUGGAGGCGCCGCAAUACAAGUGGAGAGCAGUGAAACGGUGGAUUGGUCGUCGUUUUUGAGCAUGUUGGAUACCAACCAAGCGAUGUCCGACUAUGGCUUUUAUCCGGGUCUCGGUGACCAAUUCUAUCCACCGCCGGUUUACGAUAAUGUCGACGGAGAUGGCGACGGUUUUCCACAGCAUUCAUCGUUUCUUUGGAACUUCUCGGAUAUACAGUAGAAUUAGCUGGUUAAU